ACGCACAGUUCGACGCACGCGCGUGAAACAUAGACUUUAUAAAAUAAUAAUAAUAAGUAAAUGCUUUCUAUUUUUCAAAACGAAGUCAUUUUUUUAUCUGCAUAAUACUUGAUAGUGGUCGCACAAAGAAUAUUUACACGUUGUCAGCGAGUGAUAUGAUAAUUUAAAUAAAUCCAAGUGUUUCAAAUCUAAUCUCUUCCUAAUUCUAAAUAAAAUAUUGAUAGUAAAAAUAUUUAAAUUGAUAGAAAACAUUUGCUGAUGCAAAAGUGGUGUGUUUUCGAUGAAAUGUCAUUGAUUUGAAUCUUUAUCGAGGUGUGAAAGAAUAAACAGUCACAAUGACAGAAAACGGUGUUCGAAAUCGUUUAAAAAACGGGAAGAAGAGUGAAGUGUCGAGUGUUACUAACGGAGAUGUGAUCAAAGAAAAUGAGUUCAAAGUUCGAGAGUCUCCUUUGACGGAGCUGAUACAGUCCUCCUUGCACAUAAGGGCCAUAUACAAUAUAUUUGUGGUCAUACUCCUCGUGUUGUUUUGCGACACCGUCAUAUACGACCUCGUCGAGAGAGGAAAGAUAAAUAUAGGACUGGGAGUUAUUGCAGCGGGAUUUGGUGACAUCAGGAGAGGAAUGAAGUUAUGGCUGUACGACUUCUGUAUCGCUAUGGCUUUUUACCCACUGCUCGUAGCAUAUUCUUGGGCUGGAAAAGUUUCCAGAAAAUAUCCAGUAUUACGUCCAACGGUGAUGAUGCUGGGGAUAGUCGGUGUGAUUGCCGUGGAGGUGGCCGCCGCUAUAGUGCCCGUCGUGGAGCUCGGCAGGAAGCAUCUGGAGCUCGGCUCUUCUAUCACUGUCACCUGCGAAAUGUUCCGCUACAUGAUGAAGCUUGUGUCAGUAUCUGUGGCUUGCGGGCCGCGCUGUUUGAGCGGGAACCUGCCGCUGCCAACCUUCAAACACUACGUAUACUUCAUGUUCGCGCCAACUCUCCUUUACAGAGAUCAAUAUCCCAGAACGAAGAGGAUAAGAUGGGGCGUGGUGGUAUUCCAUUUCCUGGAAGUUGCCGCCAUUAUAUUCUACAAUUGUUUUCUCUGGGAGAGAUUCAUCAUGCCCUACUGGUCUGACUACGGGAAGGAAAGGACGGUGGAAGCCGGCACGCUAGUCCGGGGUAUGUUUGCGUGUGUGCUGCCGGGAGUGAUAUCCUUCCUAUGUGGGUUCUACUGUGUGCUGCACGCCUGGCUCAACGCCUGGUCCGAGAUGCUCAAGUUUGGAGACCGGCUAUUCUAUGAGGACUGGUGGACGACUUCCCAAUUUUCCCUAUACUAUCGUCGCUGGAACCGAGUCGUACACUCCUGGCUGCGAGACCACAUCUACAUUCCCCUGGCGCCACAUGCAGGACGUCCUCUGGCCACAUAUCUCGUCUUCUUGGUUUCAGCAAUAGCCCACGAGGUGAUCCUGGCGUUGUCUUUUGGCUUCUUUUACCCAGUUCUUCUGGUGGAAUUUGGUUUAAUUGGUGUCGUGAUGGUGCCGCUCACAGCGAAAAGUGGCCAGCUCUUCCCUAACGUAUUCAAUUUGAUCAUGUGGCUGGGUUUCUUCAUAGGAAACGGAAUUCUGUGGAGUUUAUACCCGAUGGAAUACUUCGCCCGGCGGAAUUGUCCGGUAUUGGAAACCGACAGCUACUUCAUUCCAAAGUCAUGGUCCUGCCCAGAAGUCAUUCUGAAACCUAACUGGACAUUCCAGAAUCCUUUACGGAUAUUUACAAAAUAGGCUACAAUAUACAAAGAACUACCUAGUGAAUUUAUUUUUAUACUUUUAUAAAAAAACAUUUUAUUAA